UUGUCAUGCAAGAAAUUGAAACGAUUUGCCUACUAAUGGGAGACGAAACUGACCACUUAAUAGGAUUUUUAGUGCGUCUGUUUCUCCUCUCCUUAAUGAGAAUUAGUGCUUCCAUUUCAGUUUCAUCUCUUUACUCCUAUAAGAGGUCGCACCUCUUCCCAACGAGACACAACUCUUCGCAUUGUUCCAGAGCAUUGCACUGCCUACCUCUUUCCCAUCUCGCUUCCUGGCGUACACCGGAGAGUGAGACAGCAGGCCUCCGAAACCCCGCCUCUUGUGAUCCGGUACGGGAGAGGGGCGAUCAUGUUUUUGGGGAGCGUCCUUACGGGAUUGCUGGAGUCUUGUUCAUCGUGGCUGCGAACGGCGACAUCACUGGCGACGAGUUCCCCAACGACGACUUCUUCCCCGACGUCAACGACCUCUUCAGCGACAUGACGAUCGGGAUAUCUGCACCUUCUGCUACUACGCCGCAUGCCAUCUUAUCCUCACUGUUAGGGCUAGCAUUUGGUUUAUUGCUAAUAGCAAUUGACAUGGAUAUGAUGCAUUUUGCUUAUGAUUUUGAUUGCAUGACUAGUCUCAACGAAUUGUUGCUAGUUUCUAGUUUCAUCAAUAUAUUGCUAUUCAUGUUUUAUCCAUUAUUUUUCUAGAUUAAACUAAACGGGAAAAUGCCUAAUUAUUCAACAAUCCAAAAACCUGAAAUGUGUAGGCAAUUUUCUCCUAUUGCUUUUGCUGCAACUCUCAAGCCCGCACCAUUUGAGGGCGUGAACUAUAAGAGGUGGCGUGCGAGGGUAGUUCUUUGGCUUACCACCAUGAACUGUUUUCACGCCUCUAAAGGCAAGCCAGAGGGAGAGCUGACUGCUGAGCAGGAGCAAGCUUUCCAGGCUACAAACACCCUCUUCAGAGGUGCUAUCUUGAGUGUUCUUGGCGACAAGAUUGUUGAUCCAUUCAUGACCAUCAUGGUCGGUAAAGAUAUGUGGGAUGCGCUCGAAGCCAAGUUUGGAGUCGCGGACGCAGGAAGUGAGUUGUAUAUCAUGGAACAGUACCAUGACUACAAGAUGACUGAUGACCGCUCCAUUGUUGAGCGGGCUCAUGAGAUUCAGUCGCUCACUAAAGAACUUGAGCAUCUCAAUUGUGUGUUACCGGACAAAUUCAUUGCCGGAGGCAUCAUUGCCAAGCUUCCUCCUUCAUGGAGGAAUUUUUCUACCUCUCUGAAGCAUAAGAGGCAAGAGUUCACUGUUGUCAAUCUAAUUGGCACUCUUGAUGUAGAAGAGAAGGCGAGGGCAAAAGACACACGUGCUCGUUUCCAUGAGGGGAAUUCCAGUGCCAAUUUGGUACAAAAGAGAAAUUUCCAAACUCACAAACCCAAGAACAGAAACUAUGCGGGCAAAGGAAAAUUUGAUGGCAAGUACAAAGCCCCACAAUCUGUCAACUUCAAGAAGAAGAAGGAUACUUACAAGAAGAAAGGAAAGUGCCAUGUAUGUGGCAGUGAAGAACAUUGGGCUUCAUCCUGCAAGGACCGCUGGGACAUGCGUCAGAAUGAGAACAAUAACAAGACCGCUAAUGUUGUUAUUGGCGAUGUUGACAUGAAAGAUGUCGGGUCGCAAGAACUACACCCGUGCUGAUGGUAAACGGGACACAUGCUUCUGUUCAUGGUGUUGGUACGGUCGAUCUGAAGUUUACUUCGGGAAAGAUCGUGCGGCUGAAGAAUGUGCAACAUGUCCCUGCUAUAAAUAAAAAUCUUGUCAGCGGUUCUCGUUUGUGUCGAGAUGGUUAUAAAUUGGUAUUUGAGUCCAAUAAGGUUGUAGUAUCUAAGUGUGGAAAAUUUGUGGGGAAGGGCUAUGAGAGCGGAGGCUUGUUCCGCUUAUCUUUGUCAGAUUUUUGCACUAAAGUUAUUAAUCAUGUUUGCAGUGAAA